AUGACCGAUUGGAAGGAAACUAUUGACCCUGAGGGUCGAGUGUAUUACUAUAAUUCUAAAGGGGAGACGACAUGGCAUAAGCCUAAAGAGAUGGAGGUGGUUCUCGAUGCAAUACUGCUGAAGCAAGGCUGGAAAGUGGCCUCUACAGAGGACGGUAAAGUGUAUUACUACAAUAAAAAUACCAAUGAGAGUACGUGGGAACUUCCAGUAGUUAGAGAGGAGAAGAAGGAUGAAGGUGGGGAGAAGAAUGAAGAGGGGAAGGAGAAAAGGAAGGUUGAAAAGAACGAAGAGGCAGCUGAAAAGGAGGAAACGAAUGCUCAAAUUGAUCUACUUUUGAACACGAAGGACAAAUAUAACAAUCAAUCGAAGGUAUUAAACGUGAAGGUGGAGAAUAGUCUUCAGGCGGCGGAGAAAUUUUUUCUGCAGAUGUUGAAAGAUCAUCAAGUGGAUUCUACGUGGUCAUUUAAUGGGAUUAUCUCAGAGUUGAGUUGCAAGGAUCCACGGUAUUGGUGUGUUGAUGACGAUCCACUUUGGAAGCAGAGCAUGUUUGAGAAAUAUUUGACUACUAGAACGCAGGAUCAGUUGCUUAAGGAACAUGCUGCAGUCAGUAAAUUUAAGGACGCGUUUGUGAGUAUGCUGAAAGGAAGAAAAGAUAUUUAUUACUAUACAAGGUGGCAGACUGCAAGACGACUAAUUGCAAAUGAACCGAUAUACAAGCAUUCGGUGGUAAGUGAAAAGAUUAAGAAACAAACUUUUGAAGAGUAUUUAGGACAGCUUCUGAAUGAUUAUAAAUCUAGUCACGAAAAGACACGGGGGUUAGCACUACAAGAGUUAAGACAAUAUUUGCAGACGAUUAUAACCGAUAAAUCUUCCAUUAUCACUUGGGCAGAGUUAGAAAAACAGUACUUAUUCACCAAUUCAAGGUUUCUGGCCAACAAGCACUUUGAAGCUUUAGAGAAGGUAGAUAUCUUAAAAGAAUACAUUGAUCUAGUGAUUAAGUAUACUUCUGAUUAUGAUAAAGAAAUAGAGCUGCUAUCCCAGUCUAAUUAUACAGAUGACAGAAUUGCUCGAGACAACUUCAAGGAACUGUUACAAGAGCAUAAGCCCAAAAUUCGAUGUACCACUAAAUGGAACAAUAUAUAUCCAAUAAUCAAGAAUGAUCAAAGAUUCCUAAAUAUGCUUGGUCGAAAUGGUUCCAAUGCGCUGGAUUUGUUUCUUGAUCAGGUGGAUGAGCAUAGGCUGACCAUUAAUGCACAAUGUUCGAUUGCCCAACAGAUACUGAUUGACGAGCAAUUCCAGUGGGACGAAGAAGAUCCGGUGGCGGAAAAACCUAGGCUCCUCGCUUUAAUUAAAGACAAGGACCAGUUUAAGCAGGUUGAUGAACUUGAUCUAAAUAUCAUUGUUGAUGAGCUCGCUAAGGCCCGUCAACAAAAACUUGAAGAAGAGCGCCAGCGCUUACAGAGACUAAAAGAACAAAGGAAACAGUACUUUGCCCUAAUGCUUCAGAGGGUGUUUCACCAACUCCAACAGUUACCCGCGACUUGGGAAGAAGCCAAAGAACACGUACGAUCCUUCCCAGAGUACCAGGCUAUGGAAGAUGAUGAAGCUACUAUGAGUCAAGUUUUUAUAGAUGUUAGCAAUGACUUCACAUUGUUGCCUGCCGGAAUCAGAACAUCAAAAGGUACUAGGAAAAGACCUCUUGCUUCGACAUUAGAGUUGGACUACUGA